AUGCGUGCCUCCGUCUUCUUCACUCUUCCUCUUGCCGCUGUGGCUCUUGCCCAGUCUGGUUCGUCCAGCAGCAGCUCCGCUUCGAGCGAUACCCUCUCGACCUCAGUGCCAUAUGUCAACCCGCUGACCUCUUACCUCACCCAGACCAACUCUCUUGGUGUCGUGACCGGUCAGCCCACGGCUGCCACUUCCCAGGCUGCUGCCGUCACUUCUCAGCCCUCGGUUGUCACUUCUCAACCUCUGGCCGCCAGUUACUCUUCCGGUUUCUACACCGCGCUCUCCCCGGGCCUCAACUCCUCCGUCAUUGUCGGCUCUAGCGGCACUGGUGUCGUGCCCCUUGGUACCGCUGGUACCGCCGCUGCCAGCUCUGGUGCUACAGGAAGCACUGGUGGCAAGAACACCACCGUCACUCGGGGAAGCAGUGCCAGCGCAACUGGGGGCUCCAAGACCACUGGCGGCUCCGGCUCCGGCGCCAGCUCUACCGCCGGAACUGCUACCUCUUCCAAACCUACCAACGCCGCAGCAGCUGCUACCGUGGGCUCCACCGUCCUUCUCGGAGCCGGUGCUCUCCUUGCUGCUCUGCUCUAA